AAGAGCAGAAAGUCAGAAGAAGAUUAGACACGCACGCCAACAGAAGUAAUUGGUGCGUCUCAUCUGGCUUCGAGUGUGAAAAAAUCAGUUUUUCUUCAAAGUGAAGUGAUUUUUUGAGAAGUAGUUAGCACAGAACGGUUUUAAAACGGCGCCUAUAACAGAUUCUAGCAUGAGUAGCUACGGAAGACCGCCUCCGCGGAUCGACGGAAUGAUUUCCCUCAAGGUCGAUAAUCUCACGUAUCGUACAACCCCGGAUGAUUUGCGACGCGUUUUUGAGCGUUGCGGUGAAGUGGGAGAUAUUUACAUUCCUCGAGAUCGUCAUACACGCGAAAGUCGUGGUUUUGCGUUUGUAAGAUUCUACGAUAAGCGCGAUGCUCAGGAUGCUCUCGAUGCCAUGGACGGACGCAUGUUGGAUGGCAGGGAGUUGCGCGUUCAGAUGGCUCGUUAUGGACGACCGACAUCGCCGGCGCGCGGUGGAGGCGGAGGCGGUGGUAGACGCUACGGUGGCGGACGCGAUCGGGGCCGUUCUCGGGACCGUCAUCGUCGUCGUUCCCGUUCGGUAGAUCGUCCCCGCGGCGGAAUUCGUCGCUCGUAUUCUCGAUCCCGAUCCCGCUCCCGGGAUCGUUCCCGCUCGGGUAGCAAAUCUUCCCGCGGCAAGGAGUCCCGAUCCCGCAGCCCAUUGGAUCGGGCGGCACACUAUUAGAUAUUAGGAUCUACCGCACCGAGGCCUAUUCAGAUAUUAAAAGGCCGGUGCUUCCCAAUUUCAAGCAGUAAAAGGACC